UAACAUUUACACUUUGUAAGCGACCUCGGGGGAGAUACAGUCAAGAAAGAUGGAAUCCCUAUUAUGGAAGGAAUGGCUAUUAUGGAAAUGCCCGAUAUGGUAAUUAUUAUGAUAUUGGUCGUUCUAGUCAUGGAAAUCAUAGACUCCCUAACCAUUAUGGUCAACGGCACCCUCCGUACUACUACGUUGAGCCAUUAGAGGCUGCAGCUGAACCACCAGCACCAAACCCAGCUCUACCCACAGGACCUGCUGCUCCAUUAAAUCCAGUUUUAAGUACCCUGAGUCAACUCCCACUCUCAAUGUACAACAAUUACAUCUGUAGCCAAUUUACUCAACAAGAACAGCCCUUGGAAAUGAACACAGUGAUCUUCCGUCAUAAAAGACAAGUUUACGGGUAUCGUUUAGCUCAGAUUUACCAACAGUUACAAUCUGUCGUGUAUGGUGCAUAUCAAACGCUAAAACCUUUUGCUAGUGGUCAAUCAUCAGAUAUUAUGUCCAACAUUCUAAACAUCGCACUAGACUUAUAUUUGAACAAUGCUGGCGUCAAAUUGGAAGAUGUCAUCGAAGAGUUCAUUUCCGAACAGUUAGAGGCAGAAGGAGUUCAAGGAGACCCCGAAACAAUAUCUUCUGCUAUUAACACGUUAGCAGAGGAAAGUGUCUCAGAGAUACAAAGCUCAACACAAGAAGCUGUGGAUAAAUCAUGUGACGCUAUCAACAGUGAAUUCUAUUGUAACCGUAUUAAGAAGCUGACCGUUUCCUCUGGGUGCAGCAGUCAGUAUUUUAGUAAUGAGAUGUAUGAAAAAUGCUGUGCUGAUAAGUAUGAAACACCAUUCGAAGAACCCGCGGCUAGUGUUUCCAACCCUGCUGUAGUUGCCGAAAUCAUAAGUACAUCCACAACAACCACAGCAGCAACGACUACACCCACAACAAGCGCAGCAACUACAUCCGUAACAACAGCGGCAACUACAUCCGUAACAACAGCAGCAACUACAUCCGUAACAACAGCAGCAACUACAUCCGUAACAACCGCAGCAACUACAAAAGCUUGUGGUAUUAGUUCUGUAAAUGCAGCAACCAGAUUUGCCGACUUUAGUUCAGCCCUAAACCAAGUGAGAAUUGUUGGUGGAAUUGAUGCUGAGGAGUGUGAAUAUCCUUGGAUGGUUCGACUUCAAGUUGGUGAUUCUUUAUGCGGGGGAACGAUUAUUGAUGAAACUCACAUUCUUACUGCUGGUCAUUGUAUUGGAACUAACACAGCCAGUGACAUCACAGUUGUCGCCGGUGAGCAUGACUACAAUGUUUUAGAUACUAAUGAAGUAAGUAAAGAAGUUGCAGCCGUAGAUGUCCAUCCUGAUUACGUUGAACUGGCAACAGGUGGUGUAGAGAAUGAUGUUGCUGUACUAACAUUGAAAGAGCCCCUUAACUUCGAAGAUAAUCCCUGUACACAACCUAUAUGUUUACCAAACGCUGGAGAUGGUUCACUUAUUGAAGCUGGUACACAAUGUGUUGUUGCUGGUUGGGGAACAACAUCAUCUGGUGGACAGACGUCUAAUGUAUUACAAGAAGUAACCGUGCCUACUUACAGUGGGCAAGAUUGUGAUAGUGUAUUUACUGAAACAACACCAACCGAUUCCUCUCUACAACUCUGUGCUGGUCGACCAGUAAUUGGAGGAGCUGAUAGUUGUCAAGGUGAUUCUGGAGGACCUUUAUUCUGUCCAGUUGAUGGUAAAUAUGUGCAGUAUGGUAUUGUAUCGUACGGAGCAGGUUGCGCUGAUGCCGGUGCUGCGGGGAUUUAUGCUGAUACAAGUGCCUCGUUGGAUUUCAUCAAUGGUUUUCUUUCAACCUAA